GUCAAGUUCGUAGCCGUGUAGUUAAUGUUUAUUUCUAUAAAUUCUAUAAAUUUUAAUAAUGAAAAUACAUUAAAACGUUAUUAUUGUUUAUGACGUGAGAUACAUUAUUUCGCGUCGUUACCAGUCUAAUUAAAUGUGUCAGAAAUAACAGAUAAAUAAAAAAAAACCUAGAUUUUUUUAGAAUGUACUGUAUAAGGUCAAUUUUACAUCAUAUGCGCCAACCUAUCCGACAACUGCAUCCUAAAAAUGUUGUUCACAUCAAGCAAACAUUCUUCCGACCAGCCAGUCAAUUGUCGCAGCAGUCAGAGGACUACUCUGAAGACAUUAUUAACGAAAUAUGCAAAGGUGAUGAAGAGAUUGAAAGGAAAUUGCGUAUUCUGAUGUUAGAGGUGGAAGUGAUGCGGCAAGACGGCCGACAAGCUCCGGACCAGCUACGGAGCCACCACUGGAAACAUCUCAUGGAACUACCUAGUAGAAAUCAGAGACAUGCUUACCUCUUGUAUCUGUUUAAAACUGAAAGAGCUAAGGAAAACCAAAAAGCAAAAAAAGAAGCUAGAAAACAAGCAUUUUUGGAAUCAGAACCUGAAGAUACUAGAGAAUUUCCUGAUGAUAUGUUAUAUGGAAUUCAACACCAAUCAUUGUUCUUGCGUAUUCGGGACCAGUCCAUGAACCACUUUGAUAACUACAGAGCUUUGCAAGCUAUAAUGCAUGGUCAAAAAGUGGUAAUAGAUUGCUCAUAUGAGAACAACAUGAUAUAUAGAGAAGCAGUAAAUGCUGCUAAACAAAUGACCUUUGUCUUCGGUGACAACAGAAUACAUAAAGACCCAUUUGAUGUACACAUGUGUAAUGUGAAUUUAAAAGGGCACUUCUAUAAACAACUAGUCAAGAAUAUACCUUCACUUGAAGAGCCGUGGAUACCUCUUAAUAUACACACAGACAGUUACUUGGAUGUGUUCCCAAAAGAGAAAUUAGUCUACCUCACACCACAUUGUCGAAAUGAAUUGACGGAGUAUGACCAUGACGCCAUUUACAUCAUUGGUUGUAUGGUUGAUAAGGUAAAUAAUGAGCCCCUGUCCCUGGCUAAAGCUAAGAGAGAUGGAAUCAAAAUGGCAAAACUGCCUCUUGACAGAUAUCUAGAAUGGGCCCCAGGUUCAAAAAAGAACCUGAACAUAAACCACAUGGUACCAAUACUAUUAGAUCUAAAAAGUACGGGAGACUGGGAAUAUGCAUUAAGACAUGUCCCAAGACGAAAGCUAAUGGAAACUAAAGUGUUAGCCAUGGAAAACAAGUUAAAACGUACUCCAGCACUGAGAAAACACGUGUUCAAGAAUUUAAGACUUCAUUCUGAAGAGCUUCAACACUCAUUUAUUGAAAAGAGAAAAAGAUCAAAAAAGUCAUUGUACGAUGAUGACAGUAUAUAAAUAUAGGAGUAUAUAGAAAGUA